UGACCACUAUAUAUAUACAAGACUUGUCGUCGGAUUCUUUCUCUCUCCUCCUUUCAUCAACCACUCUCUUCUCUCUCUCUAGGGUUUCGAUUUCAACUUUUCCCCCACUGAACCCGCGAUCGAUACUGAAACUUCACACUCUCUCUCUCUCGCCAUCUCCGUUUUGAUUCCCUCGUCAUCAUCGAUCGAAGCUUCCUCGUCUCAUAGUACCGCUUCGGAAGCUUUAAUUUGGUUAGAUAUGGCUUAGGUAGCUUCGUGGAGAGGAAGGAUGUGUUAAGUUUGUACUUGAAUGGUUGCUACGAUGGACUUAAAUGCUUCACCCCAACCUGAAGAAGAUGACGAACCUUAUGUGCGACAUCUUGAAGACUACUCGUCGCGUGAUGACAGGAUAGAGUCUGCCGUGGAGAUAGCAAGACGGGAACGUGAUGAGAGAAGGAAACGAAUGAGAUACGACAAGCCGACGCAUAACUCUCAGCCAGCUUACCGUGAUCAAUAUUACCAGAAUCGAAACACUAAAGCUUAUGAUAGAUACAAGAUCCCUCAAGGUUGGCUAGACUGCCCUCCCUCUGGGCAUGAGAUAGGAUUCCUCGUUCCUUCCAAAGUUCCCUUGAAUGAAGCUUACAAUAAUCAUGUGCCUCCUGGGAGUAGAUACUCUUUUAAGCAGGUGGUCCAUAACCAGAGGAUAGCUGGGAGAAAGCUUGGUCUGGUGAUUGAUUUGACAAAUACAACUCGUUACUAUUCUACGACAGACUUAAAGAAGGAAGGCAUUAAACAUGUUAAGAUUGCAUGCAAGGGUCGUGAUUCAGUGCCAGAUAAUGUGUCUGUCAACACGUUUGUCAAUGAGGUUAAUCAGUUCGUCCUAAAUCUAAAACACUCAAAGAAGUAUAUUCUCGUCCACUGUACGCAUGGGCAUAAUCGGACAGGGUUUAUGAUAGUUCAUUAUCUUAUGCGAUCUGGGCCGAUGAAUGUUACACAGGCAUUAAAAAUCUUUUCCGAUGCCCGCCCCCCUGGGAUCUAUAAACCAGACUAUAUUGAUGCUUUAUACACGUUUUAUCACGAAAUAAAACCUGAGAGUGUUAUUUGCCCAUCAACUCCGGAAUGGAAGAGGUCUACCGAGCUUGAUUUAAAUGGUGAAGCUGUUCCAGAUGAUGAUGAUGAUGAUGGCGGACCGGCUGGUCCUGUGCAGGAAGAACCCCAUCAGGUGGAAGUCAAGAUGUCAAAUGAUGACGUUUUGGGUGAUGAAAUACCCCCUGACCAGGAGGAAGGUUACCGGCACUUCUUUUAUAGGAUGCUAUCGCUGAAUAUUGGGGGAAGAGGAUGUUCGCAAUUUCCAGGUUCACACCCUGUAUCCUUAAACAGGGAUAAUUUGCAACUCUUGAGACAGCGGUACUAUUAUGCAACAUGGAAGGCUGAUGGAACGCGAUACAUGAUGCUGCUAACCAUGGAUGGAUGUUAUUUAGUAGAUAGGAGCUUUAGGUUCCGAAGAGUACAAAUGCGGUUCCCCUUCAAACACCCAACUGAAGGCUUAUCUGAUAAAGUGCAUCACUUCACAUUGCUUGAUGGAGAAAUGAUUAUAGAUACCUUGCCAGAUAAACAAAGGCAGGAGAGGAGAUAUCUAAUCUAUGAUAUGGUAGCAAUCAACGGUCAAUCAGUUGUAGAGCGGCCUUUCUAUGAAAGAUGGAAGAUGCUCGAGAAGGAGGUGAUAGAUCCCCGAAAUCAUGAGAAGGCAAGAAGUCAUAUCUACAGAUAUGAUCUUGAGCCUUUUAGGGUACGGAGAAAGGAUUUUUGGUUGCUUUCUGCGGUUGAGAAGGUUUUGAAGGGUUUCAUUCCAUCACUUUCACAUGAAGCCGACGGUCUGAUCUUUCAGGGCUGGGAUGACCCUUAUGUUGCCCGUACCCAUGAAGGUCUACUGAAGUGGAAGUAUCCAGAAAUGAACUCGGUUGACUUUCUAUACGAACAGGAUGAGAGUGGCAGGGGAAUGCUUUCCUUGUUUGAAAGGGGGAAGAAGAAGCAUAUGGAUGGAAAUAAUGUUGUUUUUAGAGAUGAUUCAGACCCGGCCGAGUACUCUGGGAAGAUUGUAGAGUGUUCUUGGGAUCAGGAUGAGCAAGUUUGGGUUAGCAUGCGGGUCAGGGUCGAUAAAUCAACGCCAAAUGAUAUCAACACUUAUAGAAAGGUGAUGAGAAGCAUAAAGGACAACAUCACAGAGGAAGUGUUGCUGCAGGAGAUAAGGGAGAUCAUCCGUUUGCCUAUGUACGCGGACCGUAUUCAGAUGGAUAGCAAAGCCGCGCGCCGCAGAUGAAACAGCAUAGGCUGUAUGCUAACACUGUACGUAAGAAGAAAGAAGGAGCUCUGCUUUUUCUUAGGAUGUGUGGUUUGUUUCGAGAAGCUUUAGGGUUUUUAUAAUGAAUCCGAUUCCGUUUGGCAUAUGUGAUGAUGGUUUAAGGUGUGUGUUUAUGUUUAGAUGAAGAAGAUGUUGUAAUGGUACAAGUCAUAGCACUUAGGAGGAUAUAUAAUGUUGUAAUCUUUAGUAUUAGUAUCAUAUU